AUGUCCACCCACGAAACUUUGGCUCAGGCAUUCCAGAGGGUUCUACAAAUAGAGAAGAGAGAUGAUUAUGAGGCAACUUCUCAGUUAAUAGCGUCUUCGCCGCUGAAGAAGCUCGAGGCCAAAGGAUUGGCUAUCUUGAACUUGUGCAUAUCCAACCUUAACGUGGGUCUCAAUGGAAAGAUUGGAAUCGAACUGAUCAUCCACCCCAGCAUUUCUGGUGUUUCUCAAUCCUCUAAGGAAAAACCAAGAUUCUCUAGAGGCGACUUCAAACUUGGUGACAUUGUUCAACUGCAAAAGUACCAGAAACAAGACACUACAGCGAAACUGAAAAAUUCAUCCAAGUCCAAGGAUAACGAGCAGCAUGAGGUUGACUCCGCAGAAAUCAGCGGAAUCGUGACAAAAACCAAUGAUACGAGAAUUAUGGUUUCUAUCAACCUGGACCAGACUUCUGCCUCGGAGAAAAUUGAAGAGAAGCUAAAUCAGCUGUAUAAUGCAGAAUCCAAGGUCUCCUUGGUGAAGCUGUCAAACUCAGUCACUUACAAUCGCAUGGACCAAUCCCUGAAACGACUGGAGGCCAUUGAAUCGAAAACAAGGCUCAUGAGAAUUCUUCUUGGUGAUGAUGACUAUCAACCACCAACCGAUCUGCAACUUGCUGACAACCUCAAAUCAGUACAGUUUGUGAACCAGGGCUUGAACGAAUCGCAGAAAGCGGCAGUCAACUUUUCCCUGGUCUCGCCCAUAACAAUUGUCCAUGGUCCUCCAGGGACAGGUAAAACUUCGACGAUAGUGGAGAUGGUGAGGCAAUUGGCUAAGCGAAAGGACCAUGCGAAGAUCAAUCACAGGAUUUUGAUCUGUGGACCGUCUAACGUUUCAGUGGAUACGAUCUUGGAACGUCUCACAGACGUUUACCAAGAUAACUCCAAGAUUUUACGUCUAGGACAUCCUUCGAGACUACUCAAAUCAAUCUUGGACCACUCAUUGGACAUUAUAGUUGAAAACAAUGACACAAGUGCGAUUAUAAAAGACAUAAUCAGGGAGAUCAACACCACCACCCACAAGGUCAAAAAGAUGAAAAGCUACAGAGAGAGAAGGGAGGCAUAUUCUGAGAUUAAACUACUUAAGAAGGAUUUGAGGAUCAGAUCGAAAAGUGCAAUUUCAGACGUUAUCAAGAACUGCGAGAUUGUCAUCUGUACACUCCAUGGAUCGUCUUCCAGAGAGUUGUUUGAUAUUGUGAAAAAUGGCGAGCUAUUUGACACUUUGAUAAUCGAUGAGGUAUCCCAAUCUCUUGAACCUCAAUGCUGGAUCCCGCUGAUGACCCAUCUUGGUCUUGAACGACUUAUUAUUGCUGGUGAUGACAAGCAGUUAUCGCCAAUGGUAAACUCCAAGGAUCACAAGGUCUCCAAGGUUCUGACCCAUACGUUGUUCGACCGUCUGGUUAAACUGCAUGGAGGCAAGUUCCUCAAGUUUCUGAACGUACAAUAUCGUAUGAAUGAUCUCAUAUUGCAGUUUCCCAACAGCGAGCUGUAUGACGGCCAGAUAGUUUCUGCCGAAAGCGUCAAAGACCAAACUUGCCUAGACCUAAAGGACGUCAAAGAGAACGACGACACAACUGCAGUGUAUAUCUGGUAUGACACCCAAGGCGGGCUGUAUCAGGAAUACGGGGAGGAAGAUGAAUAUUCCAAAUUCAACGAGAACGAAUGUACCUUGGUGCUCAACCAUGUCGAAUCUCUGAUCAAGUCCGGUGUCCAAGAAUCAGCAAUUGGUAUUAUUGCACCAUAUUCAGCCCAGAUAUCCAAACUGAAGGGUAUUCUUUUGGACGAUUAUCCAGGAUUGGAAAUAUCAACUGUCGAUGGGUUCCAGGGACGUGAAAAAGAAAUCAUCGUGUUGUCUCUGGUCAGAUCUAACGAUAACAAUGAGGUUGGGUUCUUGGCUGAUUUCAAACGGCUUAAUGUGUCGAUAACAAGAUGCAAGAAACAGUUGUGUGUGGUUGGCGAUAUGGAAUGUCUUUCCAAUUCCAAAAACAAGUUUUUGAAGGACUGGGUAGAAUGGUGCGAAGACAAUGCAGAGAUAAGGUAUCCAGAUGUACUAUAG